GCUGCACCGACUCCACCAGAGGAGGCCGUGACCAUUCCAAGCGCCUGGAUACCUGGAAAAGGCUUUGCAGCAGUGCCUCCUGGGGUGACCUUCGAGUCGCGUUUCGAGGUCACAGCAAUCAGUCCAACGAGUGCUUCGAAGGCUGGAGGUGUGGUCGUCACCAUCACGGGCGCAGGCUUCCACCCAUUGGGGGCCAACAGGCAUACAGUGACCUUCGAGCUGCCUUCCGGUGUGUCCCGUCCUUGCGAGGUUUUGGGUGGAAGCCAGACCGAAAUCCAAUGCCGGCUGCAAGGAGGUGCAGCUCCAAGCUUUUGUGGAGGAGUGCGCUGUGAUUUUGCACAGCCGUCCUUGACUAGGCACGUCUAUUGUGCUUCCAUAUCUGGAAAGGGCCCUGCCGCUGUGCCAAACCAAGGACCCUCUGUGCAUUACUACUCGAAGCAUCUGGACACCCUGGGAACCCCGCGGAUCACGCGUGUCAUCAAGAAGCCAGGCUUGAAGAGCGCGCCCUCUGCCCUCAUGGGCAGUGCCCCAACAGGGCGCGGGGAGUACCCGGUGCCUGUGGUGGGCUGUAACCCACGGAGGCCGCCCUCCAUGGCAAAUCUGCAGGCCGCAGCCAUUGAGCAGAUGAUGUUCGAGAAUGGCAAGUUGAGUGGACCGGCAGGCACACCGUCUUCGUUGCCCCCGAUCAAGGCAGGCUACCUUUGGACUCCGUACUGUGCCGCACGCCAACCAGGGGGCAAGCCGGAGACUGCUGUCGCAGAGCUUGAAGUCGCUGCUCUGGUGCAGGUGUCUCCAGACAACGGGCAGCCUGAGCUGGGGACACGGCGAAGAUGGGGCCACUAUCGCAGCUUGGCGUGUGCCACGGCAGCAGGUCUUGCCUCCAUGGCAUCUGAAGACAGUGAUGCUGGAAGCGGGGGUCCGGUUGACAACGGCUUCAUGCGGCGAUUGUCAGACAGGCCAAGUGGAAACAAAGAGCUGCGCUGUCAAGCAGGGGCUGAUGAUCACUCCAAGGUCCGCUGCUUCGCGUUCGCGCUGGCCCGGUCCGGGAGCUUGCGCUCGCUGCCCUCCAACACGAUGUCAGGUCGGGUCGACGAGGCCUUAGACUUCAUUCGGCGAGCAGAGGAAACAGGCGCCAAUCAGCAGCUCGCUCCGGAUUUCGUGGACAACAGCGAUCCAGAUCUUGGAGCAGAGGAUUUCGUGCACGGCCCUGACACUUACGAAGGAGAGGUGGCCAGGCGAAUGGAAGCUUCUGCACAGCCCGCUUCUUCAGACUUCGUAGGGCUUCGACGAUGGGGAGUCGAAAGCGACGAGGCAGAAGACUUCCGAUUGGGCCACCUUCGAGCGAGAGUACACAAGGUGGCGACAAGCAGGCAAGCUAAAGUUGGCUGGACUUUGAGGAGGCUGGCAGCCGAUGACGACAAUGACACAAACUCGACCGAUGCCGAGGAAGAAGAGGAGGAGCCUCCGGACCCUGUUGAUACUACUGAAAGACUUCUUCUUCGCCUCUCUCUACAUGGUGUCCGACCACUUUGCCGAGUUGGGGACGGCUGUGGCUUAAAUUUGACGGAUGAGUCUACAGCGGUGGUGACAUCUGUGACUCCUCGCAAUGGUUCUUACGCGGAAGGUGUUGUUGUGACGAUUACGCUUGCCAGCCAGCAGAUGCCUGACAAUUUGCAGGUUUUCUUUGGUGUGCAUGAGUGCCCGAAUCCCAGCAUCAGUGCCGGAGCACAAAGCAACACAUGGGUGGUGACCCUCCCUGUUUGCGCCUUCGAAGCUUCUGAUGUCCCGGUGUAUGUCUUGACGAGUUCAGGGUAUGCUGCUCAGGCCUCGCCUCACACAGGUGCAGCCUUCAAGUUCCAGCAAUUCCUGCAGCUCUUUUCCAUCAUGCCAGGCAGCGGGUCCUUCUUCGGCGGGACGGUUGCAAACAUCACCGGGGCCGGUUUUGGCCCGACCCCAUCGACAAAUCAAGCAACCAUCGGCAAGGUGCCGUGUGAGAUUUUCUCAGCUUCUCAUGAUCAGCUCCUCUGCUACGUGCCAGCUGCUCCGGCUGAACUUAUGGAUGCAGAUGACAGUGCGAGGACGCAAAAUGUCACCGUCCACGUGGUCACGCCGGCACAGCCUCGACAACCAGGCUUGUGGGGCGAAUACUUCUUCUUCGGUCAGGGCAGCACAUUCCCCAACUUGAACGACCGAAUUCCUGACGUCGAACGCGUGGAUCUGACGGUGAACUUCCCGGAUUCUGAUGACAAGUGGGAGGGUCUACCAUCUCGUUACCAAUAUGCUGUCAGGUGGACCGGCUUUUUGAGCAUUCAGGCUACAGGCUUUUAUACGUUCUACCUCGGUUCGGAUGAUGGCAGCCUGCUGUACUUGAAUGGGGCACUCGUGAUUGACAAUGACGGGCUUCAUGGAUUCCGAGAGCGCAGCACUACAGAGACGCUACUACAGGGUGGCAGCAUCCAUACAGUGUCUGUGUUGUUCUUUCAGGCCAGUGGGAGCAGUGGCUGUGUGUUCAAGUACCAGGGACCAGACACAGGUGGUCAAAUAAUUGUCGUGCCACCGACCGUACUAAGUCAUGCGAGAUACCAAGAGGCACCGGUGUUGUCCUACAUGUACGAUCGCCCAAUCACAGCGCCCACCAUCGAAAACCUGACAGAGUCAUCUCCGACUGAAUUGGUUUUGGAGGGUUACCGCUUCGGUUCAUCGCCGGGGAAAGUCGCUAUUGGGACAGCAAGCAAUCCAGACACCAACUUCCAGUGUGUGCCGACAAGCUGGACUGAAGGAAGGGUUGUUUGCGAUCGUCCAGAGCUCCCGUCCGGUUCAUGGCAAGUUCGAUUGUACUCUGAAGCGGAUGGCUGGUCGAAUCCGGCACCGUACUUACUUUGGGUGCCCCUGAAUGUUUCAUCGGUUGAGGCAAACGACAACUCUGUAUCCACGGAUUCUGCUGCCGAUCCAUGGGUGCUCAUCAUGAAGUUUGCUGACGGGGGCCUUCUAGGGUAUGAUUCGGAGCUUUGGGGUAAUGUUGAGCUCCUCAACGAAGACUCGCCCGAAGGGGAGCCGGUGAAUGCCAAAUACCCGGCUUUCUUGAAUGUCCCCUUCACACGACUGCGUGCCUGUGUUGGCAGUGCGCACGGCCAUUGUGUUCACCAUAAGUUCGAUACACCUUGGUCCAGCGCCUUAGAGCUAUUUUCAGCCGGCUAUGUGCGUGACCACACAGUAGACCAAGCGGGAAUGGUUCAGGCCCUUGGCGCAAAGCCUGGCACGUACAGGUCCUGCCCAAUGCUCAUGCCCGGUUUCAAUGUGCAAUGUCCAGGAAACAACAGGGCACGCUGGGGUUACUGCGCCAACUGCCCAAGCAAGACAUGCCGCGAUGAGUCUCAAGCCGACGCUGCCAUUGGAAUUGGUCUGCGGGGUGAGGGCUCAGCCGCAGUUGGCGCAGGCUGGACGGAUGCCUUCGCCCCCGGAGCUGGCUCAUGCUCUUACACCAGUGAGACAUCGCGAAACGUGUGGCUUUGGGUUACGAACACGACAGCUACCCCGACAGGCGUGCUCCACAGCGGCUUCGGUGGCGGCGUGAACAUGACUGUCCGCGGGACUGGACUCGGCUUCGCCGCUGCUCAGACCAAGAUAUCGGUCUGUGGGGAGGAUUGCCCGGUGAGCACAAGUGAUGGGUCCUCUGCCACCUGCACUGUGCCUGCAAUGACCAAUCUUGAUCUGGUGGACGCCCAGCCAGAUUCUUUUCCCACAGUUGACUUGGCACCUUAUGCUGCGAAAUUUUACACGGAUCGUGGGGAAGCAGAAUCCACUUAUGCUCGUUUGGCCUUCACGUCGACCGUGGAUAGACAAGUAGAUCUGCCGAACACACGCAGCGACUGUUGGUUUGCUUUCGAGUUGCCACCAAGUAAAGAAGCCAUCAUUACAGCAGUUGACUUUUUCCCUCCGACCGAUCCACACAGGAGGCAGAAGGUGGCAGAGUCCGUGUUUGAAAUGCGUAGUUUUUCUGGCAAUAUUUCGUGGGAGGAGAUUGGGAGUGUGAGAGACACGGUUCAGACAGGGUGGUCCAUCGCGCAAGGGUGGACUUCCUACCCCGUGAAUGGUUCUGGGCCAAAUGGUACCGCCAUAGGUCAAGCAUUCCGCGUGCGAAUCCUUCCGGAUGCCUGCAGCUCCCUCGGUGAGCUGAUGAGAGGUGUGCGCUUCAGGGGCAUCUUGCUGAACACCGGCGAUGCGAGUGCUUGUCCGAUCGAAGUAGAGCACAUCUCACAUCCGUUGGCUUCCUCCACAGGUGGAUCCGCAUGGCUUCCAGUGCAGCUGUCCUACAGCUUGGAGCGAACACCCAUCCUGUCAUCCAUGACUCCGCAGCGUGGCACCGCUCGCGGUGAUACGCUCGUGACUCUUUUGGGUGAAGGGCUCGAGCCGUUGGACUCGUCGGGUUCGCCGGCGUCGGUGACAUCAGAGAAUGCCCAGAUAUUGCUGAAUACAUACCCUUGCAUCCCACAGGAGAGCAAUAUGUCUGCACUCAGCUGCAUCACAAGCGAGCGAAACAACGGCAUCCAGCCUCCUUCGACAGUGCUGUGGCUAGCCGGAAGAGGAUACGCCAUCAUUUCCGAAAGGGCAGAGGACACCGUGUUCAGGUAUGUUGAUAGGUGGAGCAACGUCUUCAGCUGGUUAGAAUCAGAACCACCCGUCGACGGUGACAGCGUUGUGGUGCCCGAAGGUCAAGCAAUUAUGUUGGAUCAGGACUCGCCGCAACUCUUUUUGUUGCUCAUCAGUGGUUACUUCGAGUUCGACAGAAAGGAUCUGAAAUUAGAUGCAACUUACAUCUGGAUUUCUGGAGGAACUUUCUGGGUAGGCAGUGAAGAGGCGCCAUUCUUGAACCAGGCAACGAUCACACUGCACGGAGAUCGCUGGCACACCAUUGAGCUUCCUGUCAUCGGUUCCAAGAUGCUGGCCGUCACAGACCUUGGAGGAUUCGGAACCUGCGCUGCCAACCACCAGAUGACCGUUCGCCUCUCGGCACGCGGGAAGCACUACGUGGACCCAUGUCCGGUAAAGCUGGUGGGAAGGAUGGAGCUACAUGGCCGCCCAAGUGUUUCCUGGACGCGACUGGUGGAGACAGCGAGUGCAGGGGCUACCCUCCUUAAGCUCGAGGAGCCCGUGGACUGGGAAGUUGGAACGGAGAUGAUCAUCACCCCAAGCAACAGGGGUCAGGACGAGGUUCGCAUGGUGAAGAGCGUUCAGGAUGAUGGCUACACUGUGGAGUUGGACAGCCCCUUACGAUGGGAGCACUUGGGAAUUUGGUACUUCAAUGAUGAGAUUCCCACCCCGACGGAUCUGCGUGCAGGAGUGGGACGCUUGAACCGGAAUGUGAAGGUACAAGGUGAUGAGAGGUCACUAGGUUAUGGAAAUGCCUACAUGUUCGGGGUCCAUGUUGGUGCCUUCCAUGGUGGUGUUAUGCGAAUCGAGAAUACCGAAAUUACCCGGUCCGGACAGGCAGCCAACUUCGGACGCUACUCCUCCCACUGGCACGUGCUGUCCCCCCACAGAACCGUGGACGUGGCCGACAUUGCUUACUUGCGCAACAACUCCUACCACCGGACCUUCCAGCGAGCAGUAGUGGUGCACUCCACCGAUUUCGCGAGAGUGGAGCACAACGUGGCCUGGAAGACCAAGGGACAUUCCUACUUCACUGAGGCCGGAGACGAGGUCUUCACGUUGUACAACCACAACCUGGCUGUGCAUCCUCUGCAGCACCCGCUGCUUCUGGAUGAUGACAUGGAUCCUGCUGGUUUCUGGAGUCCCGGAUUUACUGGGUGGCACCGAUCCAAUCUGGCUGCAGGCUGCCAUCGCGGCUGGCGUGUGCGGAAGAUCUCAGGCCCAGCAGGAUCACAGACGGACCUGACCUUCUUCAACAACUCGGCCCAUGCCAGUGGAUUCGGCUGGCACUUGAAGCCACCUCAUGCCCCCCCAACGUUGAAUGUGUUUCAAAAUUUCACGGCUUUCCGCUGCUCAACCGGCAUGUUCUACUAUGGUACCGGAAACAUAUUCCACGAUGAUCACAGGUUCAUUGAGUGUGGUACCGGCCACUUCAUGAACCAUCUCAGCAACGGACCGCACACGGCGCCUUUCUAUCACAACCUGGUGUUGGUGGGCAACAUCGACCAAAAUCCGACUUUCUCACGCGGUGGAGUUGGGGUUAGAGGACCCAAAGACAACGAAUAUUUCUAUAUCUCUGGACUGACCGUCAUCAACUAUUUGCAGUCGGCUGUGCUGCACGGCUGCUUCGAGACAACCUGCACGAUGAGAUACGAACGGAUCCGGUGGUUCAACUCGACCCGUCGCACCUUCAGCUAUGCCAGUCAAUCUGGCAUCUACUGGGACAUGGACGGAACUUUGACUGGCUACACCAAUGGGUUCGUAUCACUCAACUACGAGUACAUGCACUUCCCUGGAAUUUGCUCUGUUGUUGACGAGCACGUGAAUGGUGUCAUGUGUGGUGCAUCGGACGGCUCAGUGCGAGUGAGACGGCUCCUAGUAAAUGAGCAGCAACCUUGGCAGCUCGACGGAAAAUUGAUGAAUGUUCGAACAUCGGCUGGGUUCGAUCAAGUGGCAUACGACACGAAGAAACUCAGUGGUUGGCCGGUUAUCGUGCUUGAGAAUGAGACCUUCGACAUGCGCGUCGAUGAUCCAAAUGAUUUCCAAGAGCUGGCUUUCCUGUAUUCUACCCGUCCUUAUGUCAUGGAAAGCCUGGGGUACAUAUACAACCAGACCACGCCCGUGGACGAAGCGAUCAUUGUGCAUGUGAACUUCACAGACUGGCGUGAUCAUUAUGACGCUGAUGCAUCAACAGCGCUUCGGCUGGACCGCAUGCCCACGCGAGAUGACCCAUUCGGUUCGCACUCGAUGAUGCUAUGGCAAGACCAAUGUGAUGAGUUCAACCUGACAGACGAGGUGUCGGACAAGUGUGGUGUUUACGUGAAUGACACCGGCCUGGCAUUGAAGGCAGAGAUUGACAGCCAACCCACCGUGGACAUGGUGCACGGUCGCUUGACGACAGUCUUUACAAUGAAGGUCCAGGAGGGCACGCCCGGCGGCUCCUUCAGGAACAAGUUCUUCCCUCGGGAGUGCCCGAAGAGCGGCUGCCCGCAACCGAACGUUGUGGGACCUGGAGGACUUCGGCCACUCAGGCGUUGGUCAGAUCCGGAAGGCUGGCCUGAUGGCAAGCUGCCUGGUGAAAUGGAUAAUGUCGUUCUUCCACCCGACGACAAUGUGCUGCUGGAUAUCGAGACGCCCAAGCUGCAUUGGCUUGAUGUUCAAGGGCGUCUCGAGUUCGACCGCACAGUGAACACAACCCUGCAUGCUCACUCGGUCAAGGUGUGGGGCAUCUUCGAAAUGGGAACGGCAGAAGAGCCCAUACCUCCUGGAGUCAAAGCGGAGGUAGUUCUGUGGGGUGAUGAGCAGUCGAUCACCGUCAUCAUGGUGGAAGGCCUUUUCUUGGUGAACAAGGUCAUCGCGGUGCUUGGCCAAUUCUCUGCCGUUGGAAGUCCGAGCGUCCACAGCCAGGCGUGGACGCGACUUGCUACAACUGCUUCGGAAGGCGCAACUGAACUCACUCUCCGCGGAAAUCAAAGUGACUGGCCGAUGGGAUCCCAGAUUGCAAUCUCGGCAACGGAGUUCCCUCAGCCUCCGGCUACGACGGAGACCGAGGUGCGCCAAAUCGCCAGCAAGCCAGUUUACGAUGCUGUGGCAGAUACGACGACAUUCAGCCUGGACACGAACCUGACAUUCCGUCACUUCGCAGGUGUCGUGGACAGCAGCUCAGAAAACACCCAGUGGCCUCGACCUGUGCUCGCUGCCGCCGUUGCUCUCCUGGACGGUCGAUCCAAC